CUGAAAUGACGGUCAAAGUUGAUAUCAUCUUCCGUGAUGGGGCGCUCAAGUAUCACCACUCAAAAGAUAAGAGUCCGAUCUUCCUCUCCGAUGAUGGUGUCAGCGGGACAGUUGUGGUCACCGGUCUCGACGAGAACAUUACGGAGGAGUUUGACUCGGUGAAAAUCACGUUGUUUGGGAAUGUGUUGAACGUUCUGAGUGUGAUGGAUAUUGACUGACCUAUGACGGAGCUCUAUCGGAUGCGGAUGGGACAAGACCUUGUCCGCUUAACAGACUGCCGAGGAGUACAAGAAGCAUACGGAACAGAGGGGACCCGGUUAUUUCCAUUCUGCUUCAAGGUUCCUCGUCAGGUCUUGACUCCAAACGGCCUGAAAGAGGGCACGGAUCUCGUGCAAUGCUUACCAUCUUCGAUGAACGUCGCCUUUGAAAAUCGGAGUCCGAAUUCGCACGUUCAUGGUUGCCGCGGAAAAUCUAAGAUCAGUUAUGGCAUUCGCGCCCAGCUGGUUCGCAAUGGGACUGUGACCGUUGAGAUGGAGCGGCCGAUAUCGUUGUUUCCAACUCUGGACCAGGAGCCACCAGUCUGCACGAGCGAUUUUCCAGGAGAGUACAUUCUGUCAGAAAAGAAAACAUUACGGGCCUUGUGGCCAUUCCGUCGCGUGGGAGAAUUGCACGUCGAGACAAGCGAAGCGACACCUUUCGAGUUCUCCAGUGAGAAGCAGAGCGCCUCUGCGUCUGUCAAGAUCAAGUUGCGAUAUAGUCGCGCGUGUCAUAGUUGUGGGCCCCCGGAACCGUUCUAUGGAACAGUUAUUUCCAGACUACGCUCGACAACGUUCGUAUCGAUCAUGCCACAACAGCGUAUGCCUACUCGAAAAGAAGCGCAGAGAUCACCGUGGAUGACGAAACAUUCAACCUACCACAUGAACCAUAAGCGGAAACUAAGAUUUUCGCCGUGGAAGCCAGCAAAGCCGAAUGGGAACACUCUAAUGAGUCAGGGCAGUGAAUGGGAAUCAGAGGCGACGCUCGUGGUUGAAUAUUCCGGAGACACCUUCCCAGAACCCACAUUUGCGUCCUCCCUGGCAUCGCGGCGAUAUGCACUCUGUAUGUCAAUGGAGAUUGAAGGCUGUGGCCGGACCACUGUCGACCUAUCAGUCCCCGUUAGUAUUCGAUAUACAGCAAAGCCUUGGGAUCGACGACCUUCCCUCCUAGAGAGCCUGUCAGCAGUACUCGCUGAGAGACUAAGUCUGGGGGCGGAAGCGCUGUCCAACCAGGCUGACUUUUUACUACGAACACGCGAUGAGCCUCCGAUAUAUGUGGCAUAGCGAGAUAUCUGGUGACUUGUCUGCAUACAGUAGUGUUUCUACUCAGUACCUACUGCUUUAUGAGAAAUGUCCGGUUGGCUUUAUGGCGUUAUUCGUUUUGGCAGACAUUAUCUUUCUGUUUAUGAUAUCCUGUGUCCUGGUGACAGCAUUGUAUUAUUCAGAACAUCAAUGUGUAGAUAGAACAUAGAGAUAAUUCUAUUAACGAUCUUCUCUGAACCUACAUCUUGACUGUGUCUGUUGUAUAGAGCGCAGCUAGCUUCAGUUAUUCUUUGAGCCUAUUGGUGAAGGGAUUCUUUCCAAUUAGGAGUAUUUAUGCCAG